AUGAUGCCAUUAGUGACAUCGAUAGGCCAGGCAGCGGCGAUGCGACGCCUGGCACCGCAGCUUAGCCGAGCCGUGGUGCUUUCGCGGACGGCGGCGGCUCAGGCAGGACCCCGGGCGGGCGGCUCGGCGGUGCGGGCAUUCCACCAGUCGACACGGCUUGGUGCAGGCUUCUUCUCAUCGGCGACACGGACCUCACUUCUCCCGUCGUCGGCCAAGACGGCAGCAAGCCGCAGCCUCAUUUCGCGGCUGGCCGGCGGCAGGCGGAGCUAUUACCAGCAGACACAGACGGCGGCAGGCGGCCAAGGGGUGCUGCGCAAGGUGCUGGUGGGUGGAGCGAUCUUUGGUGGGACGCUGGUGCUGACUAACGCGAUGUUCAACCGGGAGACGCGCGAGGACGGGGGGAUGCCGGUGUUCGAGCGCGAGUACCUCAACAACACGUUCCUGCACACGGGUCUGGGUGUGGGCAUCAUCGCGAUGACGGCGCGACAGAUGGUGCAAAGCGGGUUCGUGUACCGGAUCAUGAUGACGAACCCGUGGGUGAUGGCGAUCGGCGGCAUGGCGCUGAGCUUCGGCACGAUGAUCGGCACGCGGGCUAUCGACCCGGACAACUACCUGCCCAAGUACGCGCUCUGGACGGCGUUCAACGCGACACAGGCGGCAUUUGUGGCGCCGCUGGUGGCGUUUGUGCCGGGCGCGCUGCUGGCCCGCGCUGGUCUCUACACGGUGGCCAUGAUGGGCUCGCUCUCGCUCGUCGGCGCCACGGCCAAGCAGGAAAAGUACCUCUACCUGGGCGGCCCGCUGCUGGCCGGCUGUGCCAUCGUGCUGGUGUCGGGGCUGGCGCCACUGGUCAUCCCGGCGACGGCAGUGCGGGCAUUGGCCUUUUCCGAGAAUAUCUGGCUGUAUGGCGGCCUGGCCGUGUUUGGCGGCUUCACGCUCUACGACGUGCAAAAGGUGCUGCACCACGCGCGGCUUGCCGAGCGCGGCGUCAUCAAGCGCGACCCCGUCAACGAGAGUAUCUCGCUCGAGCUAGACUUUCUCAACAUCUUCAUCCGCAUGGUGCAGAUUCUGAUGAUGCAGCAGAACCGGCGGAAGUGA